CUGUUCUGUAACAGAAUGGAUCAUCAGGCGGACACCGUAGAACACGCGUCUUUGAAUGGGAAGAUACAGAAUCCUAGAGACUGGAGAUGCUGCAAUAAAAUGGCAUCGGAGACUAUUCUGGUGACGGGUGGAGCUGGUUACAUCGGCAGCCACAGUGUGAUUGAGCUGGUUAAAGCAGGAUACAAUCCUGUUGUGGUAGACAAUUUCCACAAUGCAAUUCGAGGCAAAGAUGGAGUUCCUGAAAGCAUCCGGCGUGUGCGCGAGAUCACAGGGACAGAGAUAAUCUUCAGAGAAAUUGACCUGCUUGAUGAAAUUGCUCUACGUAAUCUCUUCAAAGAGUACAGUUUCUCAGCUGUGAUCCAUUUUGCGGGUUUGAAGGCUGUCGGUGAAUCUGUCCAGAAUCCUCUUCUUUAUUAUAAGGUCAACCUGACAGGAACAAUUAAACUACUGGAGACCAUGAAAGAACAUGGUGUCAAAGACAUUGUAUUCAGCAGUUCAGCAACUGUAUAUGGUGAUCCUGCAUACCUACCUAUAGAUGAGGUACAUCCAGUUGGCAGUUGCACUAAUGCUUAUGGAAAAACUAAAUACUUUAUAGAAGAAAUGAUCCGGGAUGUCUGCUUAGCAGAAAAGGAUUGGAAUGCAGUUUUACUUCGAUAUUUCAAUCCUAUUGGGGCACAUGAAUCAGGAAAAAUAGGUGAAGAUCCUCAGGGUAUUCCCAACAAUCUGAUGCCAUACGUUGCACAGGUUGCAAUUGGACGUCGGGAGUGCCUGAGUAUUUUUGGGAAUGACUAUGAAACAUGUGAUGGCACAGGUGUCAGGGAUUACAUUCAUGUUGUGGAUCUUGCAAAGGGACAUAUUGCUGCAUUGAAGAAACUUAAAGAGAAAUGCAACUGCAAGGUAUACAAUCUUGGUACUGGAACUGGUUAUUCGGUUCUACAGAUGGUGAAAGCAAUGGAAAAAGCUUCUGGGAGAGAGAUUAAAUAUCAGAUAGUUCCACGGAGAGGAGGAGAUAUUGCUUCCUGUUAUGCCAAUCCAGGUCUCGCAGAGAAGGAACUUGGAUGGAAGGCAGAGUUUGGAACUGAUAAGAUGUGCCAAGAUUUGUGGAAUUGGCAAACCCAGAAUCCUUGUGGUUUCAGCAAAAAAAGCAGCACCUGAUGCAAAAUCCAACAAUUGUUUGUAACAAAAUAAUUUUUAAACUUUUAAUGAAGGUCUUUUUGUAGUAGUAGUCCAUCAGUGAUGAAAUACAGAUUCAAAACUCUGAAAUUCCUUUUCGUAAACUGAGGGUGGAGAGGGAUAAAAGUAGUUGUGCAGAGCUAGUACUCUGUACCUUUUAAGGAUGGCAUAAAAGGGAAACAAAUUCAGACCACAGAAUGUUCAAUAAAGAGAAUUUAAAAUUUACCAUAAUACCUCAUGUUGAUAAAAACUCUGCCAGGCAGUUAAAGUGCAAUUAAAUUAAGUAUCUGAUUUGUUUUGUCAAGGUAUGCUUUGUACUUUCGUUUUUGAAUAAUGUAGAACAUCAUGAUUAAAUCUUUAGUCUUGUAA